AUGCUACCAGCUGAUGCAUUGUGUACACUAUCACUGAUAUGCCUUAUGCCUUACAACGUUUAUAAAUUAUCAGAAAGAAAUUUGGCAAAACGCUUUGUAUGUGAAAAAUGUUCAGGAGCACUCUGCAUUUCAAAUACAUCAUUUUUGUCGACUGCAUUUAUUCAAAAGUCGGUGUUUAUAUGAGCGGAAGAGAGACAGCGUCUUUUGGACAAUCGAUUGAAAGCUGAGCGCACCUCCCCUCGCAGUCAUUCACCAUGUUUGGGCCCCGCGUGUGGUGGUGGUUUCAUCAUUUGGUCUAGUUGGUGGGCGCCAGUCUUCGCUUCUCCGUAG